AUGAACAAUUUUCGAGAAUUUACUUGGGAGACACGCUCUGGUGCUACAGUAUACUGUAAAUAUAGGUCCAGUUCAAACCCAGAUGCUGCUCGUAGACCUAUACUGCUACUCCUUCACGGAUACCCUCAGAAUCACCUAAUGUGGAAUGAGUUUGUCAAAGGUCUACCGGACGACUUUCAUCUGGUUGUACCAGAUCUCCCAGGUUACGGCCAAAGCAUUAAGAAGCCUUCGCCGGAUGGCUCCCACCGUUCACAUUCCAAGAAAGAAUGGAGCCAAGAUAUUAUUGAAACGAUCCAACAGAUCCCCACCCCACGAGAUGGUAACUCGACCCCUAAAAUCAUAGCCUUUGGCCACGAUCGGGGCGCGCGCUUGUCUUAUCGAAUGGCUCUUGAAGCUCCAGGGACGGUUGUCGGCAUAGCCGUACUGGAUAUCGUCCCUACACCGUUCAUGUGGUCCCGCAUGUCCCUUGGCGAAUCACGACACGAUGAAACCAAGAAAAGCCAUCACUGGGUGUUCUUAGCAUCCCCUGCCCCACUACCUGAGACACUUAUCUCAGCUCAGGCUGAUUUCUAUUACACCUACACCAUAAAAAGCUGGACCGGCUCCAGCGCACUGGCCAUCAUCGAUAAGACUAACACGAUCGCAGGGUGGCAGAAAGAUUCCAUUGCGCCUUUUUUAACAAACGACGAGGCGGCCCAUCGCCGCAUUACCGCCGCAUGCGAAGACUAUAGGGCAGGAUCGACUGUGGACAUUGAAGACGACUUGGCUUCGGGGAUUGAUCCCGCGACUUUUGAGCGUAAUAAACAAGAUUCAGUUAUCACCGAGCCACGUAUACCCGUGUUCUCCGUCCCUGUGCUCGUGCUCUCUUCCACGCACCUACGUCGGCGGUUUCCUGUGGACGAAAUUUGGGGUUCGCUUUGUGCAAGAGAUGGGCUGACAUGUGCUCAAGUUGGAGACGAAGGCACAGGCCACUUCUUCGUCAACGAGGCGACGGAGGAGACGUUGGGUGCUUCAGUCCCUUGGCUUUCCCAGUUCAAGUGA